UUUUUGGCUUGGUGGAUUGUAACACAAGCUCGCUCGCCUGCUGCAGAGGUUAAGGACUCGGCUUCGGUGCCCCUAUGACGGACGACGCGGGAGCCAUGGACGACUACAUGUUCCGGUCCUAUGUGACCCAGUUCAAGUACGUGCACGAAGAGACAAGUUAUCUCGAGAUCUUUAACUACACGGAUCCCUCAUUCAACACCUGCGAGGAGCACCGGUUCCGCUCCGACGAGCUACAGGAUGAGUUUGGCAACUUUCUACACAGAAGAGGGGCGUUCGCACCCCCUAAGCUACGGCCUGGCGUUGAGUUGGUGAGCGGGAUCCGGUUGAUUCUCCAGCAAAAUGCGCAGCACCCAGAGACCUUCACGCCCUGUUAUCUAUCUCUUACCCACCAGGCAUAUGAGGACAUGAUCCGGGCCUGGCACCUCCCCUUCCGCGCCAUUGAGGGCAGCAGCGUCGUGGGGCCCUUCUUUUGGUCGGCCUUUGAUCAGGACGACGAUGACCCGCAUCUGCAAAUCAUCUUUCGCAAGUCGGACGUGCGCAAGAAGGGCAAGACGCGCGGGUGGGAGCUGAUGCUGUCCCACUCGUUCCGCACGCACAUCACGACGGGGUACGCCAAGGGGACGCCGUCGUCGGACAUCGUCGAGAGCAUCCGGCACCUGCGGGCAUGCGCGGGCCAGGUGAUGCACCCGCUGCUGCUGCCGGUCAUCAUCCUGAGCCACGACCUGUCGAUGAAGAACGACCAGAAGCAGCGGCAGGCGCGCCAGUGGCUGCGCGACCUCGAGGCCGCCGUCAGCAUGCGCCAGGAGGUGCUCGAGGAGGAGAGCAAGUACAUGCGCGGGCCCAUGAUCGACCUCGACCUGAUCAACAUGGACCUGGUCGAGUGCCACUCCCAGGUCCUCUGGAAGCGGCCCCAGGCCUACCAGGAGAUCGUCUCGGCCGUCCGCCAGGCCAUGGACCGCUUCUGGUCCCGCGCCGCCGCCGACCCGGCCUACGGCGGCCGCGGCGGCACCGUCGACAAGGUCCACCGCAGCAUGCUCUCCCGCCUCGACUUUUACCAGGCCAAGCUCAAGGGCAUCGAGAACUACGCCCACAUUACCCUCGAGCGGCUGACCAUCCAGCGGGCAGCCCUCUACAACAUCAUCGCCCAAAAGGAGUCCAAGCUGGGCCUCCAGAUGGCCGGGGAGCAGCGGCGGCUCGCGCACGCGGCCAAGCGCGACAGCACCGAGAUGAAGGUCCUCUCCCUGCUGGGCGCCAUCUUCCUGCCGGCCACGUACCUGGCCUCCAUCUUCGGCAUGGCCUUUUUCAACUUUGUCCCCGACGGCGGCGGCGGCAACAACAACAACAACAACAAUGGGGGCCCGGCGGAGGGCUCGGGUGACGGCGGAAGCAAGUGGAACUCCGUGUCGCCGCUGCUGUGGAUCUACUUCGCCAUCACGGUGCCGCUGACCGUCGUCGUCGUCGUCUGCUGGUGCCUGUGGGACCGCCGGCGCGAGCGCCGGUUCGAGGCCGAGGACGCCGACAUCGAGGCCGGCAUCGAGAAGAUGGAGGCCCAGAUCAUGGCCACCAUGCGGAAGCGCACCAUGAGCAAGAUGCGCACGUGGGAGGUCGGCAAGCAUUAACUUUACGGUUUU